CUUAAUGACUUUAUCAUGGAAAGGCCCUGGAGGGGCAGAGUGUAUAAGGGGGUGUUACAGAUGUGACCGGUCCUUGGACUAAAGUCCAAAUGGUAGCAUGAUUAAUGCACAAAGAGCUCCCUCAGUCACAAUAUCACCAGUUAGUUCUACUCAAUCAAGGCACAUUCAGCCUUAUUUGCACUUAUUAGACACAAUGGAACUAGACAUCAGUUCGUAUUUUCACUCUUCGUCCACACAACCAAUGGCGUUAUUUUCUUUUAUGGCCAAAUAUUUUUGCACUUUUCUGUCGUAUUUUUUGCCAAUGAAAUGUGUCAAAAAAAUCGCUAUUAUACUUAAGACAUUGCCAAGGGACUGGAAGGCUUUCAAUGCAGCGGUUCACAUUUUAUUCAGCUCUUUCUACUUUAAAUUAUUUAACUGUACGGUGACAAAUGAAUUUGAAAAGUUGGUGAGAAAACACCCGAACAAAGUAUGCUUUCAUUUUGAAGAGCAGAUAUGGACUUUUAAACAGGUGGAUGAAUACACUAACAAGGUAGCACAAGUGUUCCAUAAUGCUGGAUACAAGAAAGGUGACACGGUUGCGAUCUUCAUGACAAACAGGCCCGAAUAUGCAUGCAUUUGGCUGGGCCUGGGGAAACUCGGCAUCAUCUCUGCUCUUAUUAACACAAAUUUAAAGCUCAAACCUUUAACGUACUCUUUAGGAAUCGGCGCUUGCAAAGCUGUUAUUUUCUCCAAUGAUCUUUGCUCUGCGAUUCACGAUAUCAGGCCAUCCUUGGAAAGUACCAUAAGGCUUUUUCAACUGGGCGGUGUACCGAAAGAAGGGAUUUCCAGUUUGGACAAUGCGCUUAAAGUUUUGAAACCUGAAUUUUCAAAUGUCAAUGUUAAAAUUAAUUUUAAUGAUCACCUUCUUUAUAUAUAUACUUCGGGUACCACGGGUUUUCCAAAGGCGGCUAUCAUGCCUCAUUCAAGAUUUUUAUUGUUUUCGAGCUUUGCGAGAUACCUGCUUGAUUUAAAAAGAGAUGAUAUCGUUUACAACCCACUUCCUAUGUACCAUACGGCCGGGGGUAUUCUUGGUGUCAUGACUGCUAUAACUUUGGGUGCUACUGCUGUCAUAAAGCGCAAGUUCUCUGCAUCAUCUUAUAUUCCAGACUGCAUCAAAUAUAAAUGCACAGUUGGACAGUAUAUCGGUGAAAUAUGCAGAUACAUUUUGUCAGUUCCUUCGAAGCCUAGUGAUAAAGAGCACAGGCUGAGAAUUAUGGUAGGCAACGGGCUCAGAUCUUCUAUUUGGGCUCAGUUUGUCAGUAGAUUCAACAUCCCGAACGUUAUGGAAAUUUAUGGCUCGACAGAAGGAAAUCUUUUAAUCGCAAAUGUUGACAAUACAAUCGGUGCAGUUGGUUCCUUAUCAAAAGCUUUUCCAAUGUUUAAUAAAUAUAUUGGAUCAAUCAUAAAAGUAGAUCCAGAUACAAUGGAGCCCAUAAGGAAUGAGAAAGGUUUUUGCAUUGAAUGCAGUGUUGAUGAGCCUGGCAUGUUUGUUGGCAUCAUUCCCUGGAAAGGGUCUAUGAAAGAAUUCUAUGGAUAUGUUGACAAAGGGGAAUCGAACAAAAAAUUUAUUUACGACGUAUUCAAAAAGGGAGAUCGUGCGUUUGUUUCAGGAGACCUUAUGGUUCAAGAUGAAAUGGGUUACAUUUAUUUCAAAGAUAGAACUGGAGAUACUUUCAGAUGGAAAGGUGAAAAUGUAUCAACAUCAGAGUGUGAAUCCUUGAUAAGCAGUACUAUUGGCCUCACAGAUUGUGUGGUUUACGGAGUACAGGUUCAUGAUUUGGAAGGUCGAGCGGGAAUGCUUGCAGUUCUAGAUCCUGACUGUAAAUUAGACAUGGAUAAACUUGCAAGGGCGUUGGAUUUGACUCUACCCAAAUACCAACAUCCGAUCUUUAUUAGGUUGCUCAGUGAAAUAGAAAUGACUGGCACUUUUAAGUUUAAAAAACUCAAUCUUCAAAAGGAAGGUUUCGACCCGAAUAUCAUUAAAGACCCGAUUUUCUUCAGGAAGGGAAGCACAUAUGUGAGGAUGACACGUGAACUACACGAUCAGAUUCUGAACGGGUCGAUUUCUUUGUAAUAUUAUUUUCAAAAUUGAUCCAGUUCCUUUUUUUAAACAAUUUGAAUUCCGUUAAUUUACUUUAUUGCAAUUUCUAAUAAAUACAAUCAAUUUGUGAUACGUUGUAAAGACUUCUAUCUUGUAUUGAUUUUAAACUGAACUUUUUAUUCACAUACAAUUAUUGUAUUAAUUGAAAAUUUUAUUGUAAAUAUGUUUUAGUUUUAAUUGAGGGAAUAAAUUUUCUCAUUUUUUAAUAGAUGAGGUAGUUAUUUAUUUUUUUAAAUUGUUGUUUAGUAUGUAUACAAUAACAUGUAGGGGUCAUUUUAAAUAAAUUUGUUU